UAUCCUGGCAACACAAAGCUAAAAUUUUGAAAAUAUCAGAAUUUCUUAAAGUUUUAGCCAAAUAUCCACCUCAAUAUGCCCCCGAAGAAGAAAGGAAAGGAGAAAAAGAAGAAAGGAGAUGACGGAGAAGCAAAAAGAAAAGACGAUGGUGAAAAAGAACCGUCUGACAAGGAGAAAUUACUUCAACAAGAACUUGAUCAACUGACUGGUGAACUAGAUAGCAUGAAGCAAAAGGUUGAAGAGCUCAGAGCAGAGAAUGAGUGGCUACAACAAGAGGCACAUAAAGUUAGAAUUGAGAGUCAUGAGUACAUGAGCUACAUGGAAAAGAAAACAUCCAAAAGACAGACAACCAUCAUCUCAUUGAGUGACCAGAACUCAAAAGAAAUUCAAGACAUAAAGCAAGAAAAGGAAAACAUGUUGAAACAAUAUGAGGAGAAAAAAGCCACACUGAGAGCUGUAAUGCUGGAGAAGGAGAAUAUGUUGUCAAGGACCAAACAAGAGCUUGAAGAUCUUCAAGAAUAUAAGAAUCUUCAAAAGGAGCAACUUGCUAAGAUUCGUGAACUGGAGAGGGAGGUGAUGCAUAUGCGGGGAAAACACUCAGAGACAAUACAAUCAUUGAAGGCAAAAUUCCUCAAGGAAAAGCGGGAAUUCCAGACUGAAUCUGAACAAAGGAUACAAACAAUGACAAAACAAGCAAACAAGGAAGCCUUUGCUUGUCUGAAUGACCACACAGAUCAUAUAAAGAUAGAAAACAGAGCCCUGAGACAUGAACUCUUGAAAUUAAUCCGUAAAACUCGGGCACUUCACGAGCACAAAGCUCAGUUAGAGGAGCAGAAAAAACAACUUUUACGGGAACAACAAUAUGCUAAUGAUCUAAAAAAGAUACGCUCUUCAAGGCAACAUCAAGUUUAUAAAAACUUUGGAUUACUAGAUGAAGAGGAAGAUAUGUCGUGACAGGUGUGCAAAAUAAAGAGACAUAUAGAAUUUCGUAAAACUAGAAUAUUGAGUAAUGAUAAACAUGCUCUUAAUAUUUGACUAUAUGUAAAAUACCCAAAAUCUGUAGAUUAUUCAUAAUUUAUAUUAAAGAGGUUUGAUUGGCAAUACGGAUGACCAGAUUACGUUAGUUUACUUUUACGUAGACUUUUGACUUCAUAAGGAUAUGGUCGUAUAAUUGGUGGUCUUCUAGAGGAAGCCUGGAAAGUUGAAUUUUGUGGUUUGAUUUUGAAAAUGUCCAACUUACAAACUUACAACUAUACAAACAGAGGAAACAGUUCAUAAGUAGAAGUUUAAUAACUGUUACUAUUCAGUAAAAAAGAAUAUUGUAAACUGGUUAUUAUAUUCUCAGAAUAAAC